GAUUGGGAAAAUCAAACAAAACAAAACAAAACCCAUUUAGUAAUUUAUCUCCAACAGUUCACCCAACCACUGUACAUCAUCCUUUUCUCAUCUCAUCACUCCACAUCUUCAUGACUUCAUUCAUCUACCAAAUUCAAUCUCUGACUUUAGCAUAAUCAAAACCACUACAAAAUCUUCUCUCAUAUUUAUUGCCUCAUUUUCCUUUUUCUUAUAUAUACUCCCUAUGCUCACUAUUAAUUUGACUUCCUCAAAACACUCAACCUCAUCUCUUCCACAUUAAAUCACCAAACAUUAAUAUCCUACACAUGCAUAUCUAUCAUACAUCAUACUCCAUGUAACAUCAUUCAAACACCAUGCAUCAUAAACCAAAUUAACCAAUCAAUCUUUACUUUCACAGCAAGCCAUGUGAAAUUUAAGAAUAUGAAUAUCCCAAUGCAUGCAUGCAGAGUGCUGUGAAUGGAUCAUUACUCUUAAUUUUCUGCACCACGCGUCUUCUCACAAUCCAAGAACAACCACCACCGCAUUCCAAACUCUUCAACCAACUCAAUUAAUUCAAAUUUUGUCUUCAUUCUUUUUUUUUCCCCUUAUUAUACCAAAGAGUUCAUUUUUACUAAAUUUGUGAGCUUUUUACAAAAACUGCUAUUACACCCAAAAAUGGCAUCAACAAUGAAAAUAUUAACACUUUUUCUCUUAUGCUUCUUCUCUUCUAUUCUAUCAGUCUUUUGUAAUGAAAAUCAAAUAAGCACUUUGAAAGUGCUUUUAGAAGUGAAAUCUUCUUUUGUGAAUGACCCUGAAAAUGUUCUCAUUGAUUGGUCACAAAACAACACUGAUUAUUGUACUUGGAAAGGCAUUUCAUGUGACUCGGUGAAUGUUGUGGUUGGACUCAACUUGUCCUACUCGUCACUCACUGGGUCAAUUUCACCAUCAAUUGGUCUUUUACAAAACCUGCUCCACCUUGAUCUUUCUUCUAACCAUAUUGGGGGUCCCAUUCCACCUUCUAUUUCUAACCUCACUAAAUUAGAAUCUUUGCUUCUCUUUUCCAACCAACUCACAAACCACAUUCCACACGAGUUAGGCUCGUUACUGAGUCUCCGUGUUUUACGACUCGGUGACAAUGAACUCAGUGGCGAAAUUCCUUCUUCUUUAGGCAAUUUGGUCAACCUUGUCAGCCUUGGUUUAGCUUCAUGCAAUCUCACCGGUUCAAUUCCGAGUCAACUCGGUCAACUCACGAUGUUACAGAAUUUGAUCCUGCAAUAUAACGAGUUAACAGGUCCGAUUCCGGCCGAGUUAGGAAACUGUUCAAGCCUUGUAAUCUUCACUGCAGCUGACAACAAACUCAAUGGAACAAUCCCAACUCAACUGAGUCAACUCAUAAACCUCCAAGUUCUCAACUUUGCCAACAACACCUUAACAGGGGAAAUUCCGAGUCAACUCGGUCAAAUGAAUGAACUUAAUUAUCUCAAUUUAAUGGAAAACAAACUUGUGGGUCACAUUCCUUCAUCAUUAUCUCAAUUGGGUAACCUUCAAAAUCUUGACUUGUCAAUGAACAGAUUCAGUGGUGGAAUUCCAAAAGAAUUUACAAACAUGCAUCAGUUGAAAUACUUAGUUCUUUCUGGUAACCCUUUACAUGGAACAAUUCCACCAACUUUAUGUUCCAAUGCAACAAAUUUGGAACAUUUAAUGAUAUCUACGAGUGAACUUUAUGGUGAAAUUCCAUCUGAAUUGAGUCAAUGUAAAUCAUUGAAGCAAAUAGUUUUAUCAAACAAUUCUCUCAAUGGAACAAUACCACUUGAGAUUUAUAGUUUGGUGAAUUUAACUGAUCUUAUGCUUCAUAACAAUAGUUUAAUUGGUUCAAUUUCACCUAACAUAGGUAAUUUAACCAACAUGCAAACACUUGCAUUGUUUCAUAAUAAGUUACAAGGUGUUUUGCCUAAAGAAAUUGGAAGGCUUGGAAAGUUGGAAAUUUUGUAUCUUUAUGAUAAUCAAUUUUCUGGUGAGAUACCUUGGGAAAUUGGUAAUUGUUCAAGAUUACAAAUGGUUGAUUUUUUUGAUAACAAUUUUGGUGGAAGAAUUCCAAUUAGUAUUGGAAGGUUGAAAGAUUUGAAUUUUCUUCAUCUUAGGCGAAAUGAGUUUGUUGGUGAAAUUCCAUCUACACUUGGGAACUGUCAUAAGCUGAAUGUUCUUGAUUUGGGAGAUAAUAAUCUCUCGGGUGGAAUUCCUGCAACAUUUGGUUAUCUUAAAGAUUUGAAGCAGUUUAUGCUUUAUAAUAAUUUUCUUGAAGGUGGUAUUCCUCGACAAAUGGCGAAUGUUGCAAACUUGACAAGAGUUAAUCUUUCGAAGAAUAAGUUGAAUGGAAGUUUGGUUCCAUUGUGUAGCUCUAGAGAGUUUCUUUCUUUUGAUGUUACAGGUAAUGAAUUUGAUGGUGAAAUUCCUUCAAAUUUGGGAAACUCUUUGUCUCUUGAGAGGUUAAGAUUAGGAGGUAACAAAUUUUCUGGUGAAAUUCCGAGGACAUUUGGAAAAAUCGCUGAUUUGUCAUUGUUAGAUCUUUCGGGAAAUUCGCUCAUUGGACCAAUACCAGGUGAAUUAUCUUUGUGUGGUAAACUAACUUCUGUUGAUUUAAGCAAUAAUCUUCUUUUUGGUCAUAUACCAUCAUGGCUUGGAAAUUUACCUAAGUUAGGAAAACUUAAUCUUGCUUAUAAUCAAUUUUCUGGUCCUUUUCCACUGAGAUUAUUCAAAUUACCUAUGUUGUUGAUUCUUUCCUUGAAUAACAAUUCUCUUAAUGGUAGUUUACCAAAUGGUAUCGGCGAUCUUGAAUCGCUUAAUGUCCUAAGACUUGACCAUAAUAAUUUUAGUGGACCAAUCCCUCAUGCAAUAGGUAAGUUGAGAAAUCUUUAUGAGCUGAAUCUCUCUAGAAAUGUUUUCAGUGGUGACAUACCGAAUGAGAUCGGAAAUCUUCAAAAUCUUCAGGUUGUUUUAGACCUCAGUUACAAUAAUCUCUCUGGUCAGGUUCCAUUUUCUAUUGGUACAUUGGCGAAAUUGGAAGCACUUGAUCUAUCCCACAAUCAACUCGCCGGUGUAGUUCCUCCAAACAUUGGCGAAAUGAUUAGCUUGGAAAAGUUCAAUAUCUCUUAUAAUAGCUUACAAGGUACACUGGAUAAGAAGUUUUCUCGCUGGCCAUACGAUGCGUUUGUAGGUAACCUUCGUCUUUGUGGAGCCUCUCUCGGUAGCUGCCACCGCAGUGGAGCUUCCCGAAAUAAGCUAUCACGAUUAAGUGAGACAUCAGUUGUCGUAAUCUCUGCCAUUUCAACUCUAGCUGCAAUUGCACUGCUUAUUCUUGCAGUAAAAAUCUACUUGAGAAAUAAACGAGAUUUUCUGAACAAAGACAGCGAAUUGGCCUGUGUUUUCUCCUCUUCUUCGUCAAAAGCGCAGAAACGGCCAUUGUUCCCUUUAAGUACAGGUGGACGGCGAGAAUUCAGGUGGGAAGACAUCAUGGAAGCUACAAACAAUUUGAGUGAUGAAUUCAUAAUCGGUUCCGGAGGUUCAGGCACAGUCUACAGAGUUGAAUUGCCUACCGGCGAAACCGUAGCUGCCAAGAAAAUUUCAUUGAAAGAUGAAUAUUUGUUACAUAAAAGCUUUCUAAGAGAAGUGAAGACAUUAGGGAGAAUUAAGCAUAGACAUUUGGUGAAACUGGUCGGUUGUUGUAGCAAUCGAAACAAAGGAAAUGGUUGUAACUUACUGAUAUAUGAGUAUAUGGAAAAUGGAAGUGUUUGGGAUUGGUUACAUGGAAAUGCUCUAAAGUUAAAGAAAAACCUUGAUUGGGAAACAAGGUUCAAAAUUGCUUUAGGGUUAGCUCAAGGAAUGGAGUACCUUCAUCAUGAUUGUGUGCCAAAGAUCAUUCAUAGGGACAUCAAAUCUAGCAACAUAUUGUUAGAUUCUAAUAUGGAUGCACAUUUGGGAGAUUUUGGAUUGGCAAAAGCUAUCAUUGAGAAUCAUGAUUCUAAUACUGAGUCUACUUCUUGCUUUGCAGGAUCUUAUGGUUACAUUGCUCCAGAAUUUGGAUAUUCUCUAAAGUCAACAGAGAAAAGUGAUGUUUACAGCAUGGGAAUUGUGCUUAUGGAACUUGUUAGUGGUAAAUUACCAACUGAUGCAUUAUUUAGAGGAGGUAUAGACAUUGUAAGAUGGGUGCAGAUGCACAUUGACAUGAAAGGAACUGAAAAAAAUGAAGAACUUAUAGAUCCUGAGCUUAAACCACUUUUACCUUGUGAAGAAUUUGCUGCAUUUCAAGUUCUUGAGAUAGCUUUACAAUGCACAAAAACUUUACCACAAGAGAGGCCAUCAUCAAGACAAGUUUGUGAUCUUCUUCUACAUGUGUCCAAGAACAAAAAAGUGGAGUUUAAGAAAAUGAAUUUGGAUUCCUACAACUGAAAAUAUUUCCAAGUGAUUGAAGUUGAAGAUUAAGAGUUUUUUUUUGGCUUUUACUAUCUUUUAUUUUAAUUAAUAUAUGCCUCAUGUUCUUCAUUUCAAUUAGUGGUUGUAGUAUUUUAAUAUGCAAGCUUUAUUUCAAGAUUAAUUACUUCAAUAUGGAAGAUUAAUGAAUGUUAGAAAGUUUACCUAAUAUUUCAUGUUUGCAUCCUUUUAACAAUUUUGUGUGCAGAAGAGACUUAUUAACUCUAUUAAAAUUUGAGGAAUAUGUAAUAUUUCUUGAUUUUCUUUUAAGAAAUUUCAACAUAGAUCCAUGAUAAUUGAUACUUAAAAUAUUGAAAUAUUGUUCAUGUAGUUUCCAUGCAAAAACCUAUUACUUAUUCAUA